AAUACACCUAAAAAAUUAUUGUUUUCGCGAGAGUAAGCAGAAGAAAAUUUAGCAAAUCAAUUAAACAUAAAUAAACCAAAUUAAAUACAGCAAAAAAUAAAUAAAAUGUCUUUACAUUAAACAAUAUAUAACAAUAUAACCAUACAAACUAAACAUUGAGGUCUAAUUAAGUGAAAAGCAGCAUAGAAAAGAAAAUGGAAAUACCAAUACAAGUUGCUGUGCGUAUUUGCCCCAAGGGUUUGCAAAAACAACAACAACAAGAAGUAGCAACAAAAUUGGAAAAGGACAUUGUAGGACAACAACAGGAUGAUAAUGGUAAUGUUAAAUGCUGUGACAAUGAUGAAGAGGAAGAAGAUGAAAAAAAUACCAAAUGCUGUAUACAAACUAUACCCUUGGCUGCCACACAACCAGGUUAUAUGGCUAAUAAUGGCAUGUCUGGUGUAAUGGGAGCAUUGGAUAAUGGUGUUGGUAUAGCGGCUGGUCUUAUACAAGUGGGUCCGCAUUCAUUUCCCGUAACACAUGCUCUACCUCUGAAUUGUGCUCAAAAUCAAGUAUAUCACCAAACAGUAUUUCCUUUGAUUAGUCUAUUUAUGGAAGGCUUUGAUGCCUCAGUGGUUUCUUAUGGUCAGAAGGGUUGCGGCAAGACGUAUACAUUAUAUGGUUAUGGGUUUGAUUGCUCCUAUAGUGAAGCUGAUCAGGGUAUAGUGCAACGUUGUGUGAGAGAGAUUUUCACACAUAUGACCAAUCAUCCGGAACGUACCUAUGCUGUCAACAUAGGCUGGGUAGAGAUUUGUGGUGAGGUUAUACGUGAUUUGUUGGGGGUAGGCAAUGUCCACUGCAUGAAUUUUGCCGAUGUUUUUCAUUGGCUGCAAGUUGGGUUGCAAUCGUUGGCUAAUUCGAAAAUGGAAAUGGCCCAUACACUAUUUACUUUAACUCUGGAACAGCAAUGGGUUUCCAAAGAGGGUCUAAUACAACAUCGUCUUUCGACCGCCUCCUUUAGUGAUCUAUGUGCCACAGAACGUUUGUUUAUGUUAAAUUCUCUGGAUCAGCCGUCUAGUUUACCUAAGGAUUUGGGUUUACAAUCUCUGGAGCAUGUGGUUAAUACUUUAACUGAUCCUGCUCUCAUGUAUAAUGCCAAUGGUAAUAUUCCCUACAAUCAAACAACUCUUACCACUCUGUUGAAAGAUUCUUUUGGCGGUCGUGCUCAAACUCUGGUCAUAUUGUGUGUUUCUCCUUUCGAGCGAGAUAUUAAUGAGACUCUGUGCAAUCUACAGUUUGCCUUUAAAGUGCAAUGUGUGCGGAAUUAUGUGGUAAUGAAUACAUUCUCUGAUGAUAAUACUCCUUUGUCGCCUGAGGGUAUUUUACCGGAAUUGGGUGGAGGAGGUGUUACAGCAGCUGGUCUAACACCUCCAGUGCCUGAUUCACAUUUUGGUUUACAGUUUGCUGCUAGCCAGUGGUUUAAAUUGGUCUCCAAUGCAGAGGGUUUGUUUUCGAAACUCAUUUCAUCCAAUGCUAUAAACGAGGCCGAAAAAGAACAAAUCGAGGAAUGGCUGUUUCUCAAACAAGAAUGCGAAGAGUGCCUCAGUUCCAAUGAGGUUAUACGCAGUCAAAAACAAUUGGGACCCAUACAAGAAGCCGAAGAGCCCGAAGAAACCAACAGUGAACCAGAAACUUCAUGCCAACAAAAUUCCGACAAUGAAUCGGAUUCAGAAUCUCAACGCCCUGAUUUGGAGGAAAAAAUCGAAUUACUUAUGGAAGAUUUAAGCAUGAAAACGGAUAAUCUGGUGAAAACUAAAUAUCAAGAAUUUAUGGAAAAUCAUCCCAAGGCAGUAAUGGAAUCUCAAGAAAGUUUUCAACAAAAGAAAAAAGAUCACAGGGAAGAGGAGAAAGAGUUGGAGGAAAGAAGACAAUCGGUGGGUACGGGAGGUAGGAGAAGAUCCAUACAACCGGGAGCUACUCUAUCAAGUGCAGAAAUAGCCAUGUUAAAUAGAGUGGCAGGUGUAAAGCAACAACAGCAGAAUCAACAACAGUUGCAGCAGCAAUUGCAAACAACAAAUGAUGACUUCCUGGACUCCUCCACAGAUAUGGCCAAUAACUUAAGACAAAAUAACAACUCUCCCUUGGAUAUGAUACAAAAGAAGUUGCGUAAAUUGGAUACAGAUAUAGAAGCACGCUUAAGACAAAUCAAGGAAGUAGAGGAAACCAUGCAAUUGAAACAGAAUAUCAUAACAGAACUAAUUAAGAACAGUGACACGCGCACUACGGCCAAACAAAGAUUCCACAAGAAAAGAGCCAAAUUGGAGGCAGAAUAUGAAAAGACCAAAAAGUCAUUGGCCAAAGCCAUGCUGCAGCAUAAAGACAAACAGGAAAUAGAACGUCUUAAAGCCAUCAUCACACACCUGGAACAAAGACUCAAUGAUUUGACCUCUAUUAAGCAUAUAGCAGGAGAAAGUGGCCAAAAGGUUAAGAAAUUGCAGCAAUCUCUGCAUGAAUCCAAAAAGGUCAUAGAUGAUUUGCAAAAGAAAAUCAAAAAGGAACGUAAACUUAAAGAGGCCUUAGAGAACGAAAUGAAAUCUUUAAAGGAAAAAGAGAAUUCCAAGGCCUUGGUUAAAAUCGAACACCCACCUUUGGCUGAGGAAAAGGGUAAACAUUUAAAAGAGGUGCAGGCCCGUAUCUCACAUUUGGAUCAUGUUUUAAAAGAAAAAUCCGAUAAUCUAGAUCUCUAUCGUGAUGAUGAGCAGCGAGAGGGUUUGCGGCAUGAAAUACGUAAUCUCAGAAGAACUAGAGAUCAUCUACUAGAGCAAAGAUGCUCCUUGGAUCGCAAAUUAAAGCGAGACAAAAUGUUGAGCCAUAAAGAAGAGCGUAAACUAUUGGAAUGUGAUGAAGCUAUAGAGGCCAUUGAUGCCGCCAUAGAAUUUAAAAAUGAAUUAAUUUGUGGCCACAAAUCCAUUGACACCAGUGAACGUCUACAAAGAGAAAAAGGCGAGCAAAUGCUUAUGGCCCGCCUUAAUAAAUUGUCCACUGAGGAAAUGCGCACUUUACUUUAUAAAUAUUUUAACAAGGUUAUAGAUUUGAGAGACUCCUCGCGUAAAUUGGAAAUACAAUUAAUGCAAUUGGAAAGAGAGAAAGAUGCCUGGGAAUGGAAAGAGAGGGUGUUAUCCAAUGCCGUACGCCAGGCUCGUUUAGAAGGAGAACGCAAUGCUGUACUUUUACAACGGCAGCAUGAAAUGAAAUUGACCUUAAUGCUUAGACAUUUAGCCGAUGAAACCUCUAAUAGUUCUGCUUCCUUUACAGAACAAUCCCUUAAUCCUAAUGCUGCACGCUACUACAAACCCACGCCCCACCAAUUGGCUUUACAGGCCACCAACAAUUCAGCUACCACUUGCUUUACCGAUUCCGAAUAUGAAUGGUCAUCUCCUACCACCAUGCAUGGCGGCGGCGGCGGCGGUAAAAUGCUUAAACCCUCCUCCAAUAAACUUAACGAUAUGGAAAUGUGUCCUUUAACCGAUCCAACCUCCUUGACCAAAUACAAACCUUUGGAUAAAUUUAAAGACAAAGAACGUGAAACUAAAAAUAAACUUUUUGCUAAAUUUCAAGUUUUAACACGUUAUGCCGCCAGUCAUCAUAAUCAUCAUACAGAUGAUACCUCCGCUCCACCCUCUACCUCUUCCACUUCUACACAAUUGAUGGCUGCUGCUGCCGGUGGUGGUGGUGGUAGCGGUAAGCGUGCUAAAGAUAAAAAACAAAUGUUGGCGGUUAUACCUCAAGAGAAUCUUAAAAAAUUAUCUACAAAUACGCCAAAUACAAAGGUCACAAGACAAAAGAAUAAAAUUAUCAUACAGGAUAAUUCCAGGAAAAAUUAAAGGAUGAUUUGUUUUCCGGUUUAGUUUUGAAGAGUAAGCAAGGUAUUUUAUUAGUUUUUUUUUUUUGCUGUAGAAGUAUUUGGUAAGAGGUUUAGGACAACAAUUUUUGAGGGGUUAGAGUUAAGAUAAAGUUCAUAAGUUAAUGCAAAUACGAAGGAAUACUACAAACUUGAGGCUAGAGUAUAGUACUAAAUAUAAAUUAGAAAAAUAUUCAGACUAUAAGUCCAGACUAUAGACUAGACUAUAGUCCAGACUAUAGUCAGUACUAUAGACUAGACUAUAGACCAGAAUAUAGGCUAGACUAUAGUC